AUUCCUUAAUUACAUAAAAAAUGUCUCCCAUGUCUUCCCCGAUUGUUGCACUCUUCCUUACCUUUUUCCUUCUCUUAUCAGCUGCGGAUGCAUUUAACAUCACUAAGAUCCUUGGCUCCUUCUCAGAUUACAGCGCGAGUGAGAUCAACGACAAAAAAAGCGUCACUGUUCUUGUUGUUUCCAAUUCUCAGAUUUCAGGACUUUCUAGCCAACCGAAGGAUACAAUAAAAAAGAUGUUGAGCAUCCAUGUGGUACUGGAUUAUUACGACAAAGCCAAGGUGGACAAGGUGCCAUCUAAACCGUUGACUCUCACCACACUUUACCAGCAAAGUGGGAAAGCCCAAAACCAGCAAGGUUUCUUGACUAUGACACGUGUGGGGAAACAAGUGUCAUUUGGAUCUGCUGCUCCGGGUUCUAGCCAUGAUUCUAUCUUUGUUAAACAAGUUACGACUCAACCCUAUGAUAUUUCAGUACUGGAAAUCAGCAAUGUUAUAAAUGUAGCCAUAACUUCUUCCCCAUCUUACGCUCCUAAUGCUUCUCCUCCCAGGAAGGCCUUAGCACCUGGUCCUAACAAGUCCCCACUUGCAUCCCCACCUAAAACUACCCGAAGCGACAUACCAGCUGCUGAUGCUCCUUCUACAACCGCCGACUCUGAUGCUCCUGAUAAUACUUCUGCUGCUUCGAUAGCUUCUGCAUCCGCUAUCCUUUUCAUUUUCGCUUCGGCUUGCUUCAUGCUUACCAUGAUUUGAGUAGAUGAAUUUUUGGUUAGCACUCACCCCACUAUGAUGGGAUGUUCCCAAGUUUUCAAAUGCUUAUG